GGAGGAGCCUCCCUCUCGGCCUUCAGGAGGGGCUGAAGGUGACUCUCAACUCGGAUGGGAUGCGGAGGGAGAUGCUGAGGGGAGCUGUCGGCCCGAACACGGUCCUGCUCCGGGGAACAAGCACGAGCGUCCUUGCGGGUUUUUAAAGCAUUAACCAAAACCCUCAACCUCAGGAGAGACGACUUUAUCUUCUCCACAGAGGACACACGCCAGCCAACCAGAAAAGAGAGGACACCUCUCACUCUCUCUGCCCCCUUCUUGUUUGAGUGUGUCUGCGUCUGGCUGGGAUCCGGUGGUGGGAGUGCAUGAAUGUGUUCUGCACCGUACGGGCGGAAAAAGCGCCCAAGAUCCGCAGGGAGCAUUUUCCCCAUCAGUAAAACGGCGCAGACGGAGCUAGAGCGCCGGGAGAGCACGGAGGGGGCCGUGGACGGCAGCAGGAUGACGGUUCAGGAAUUCAACACCCUCGUUGCACUCUACCGGGAGCAGGUCAUAUCCGUCGGGGAGAUCUCCGCCGACUGUCCGUCCCUGCGGGCUCAGAUGCACCACACGCGGUCCAAAGGAUGCUCCAUGGCCCGGGCUGCGCACCAGGACCUCACCGUCAUCUCCGUGUCAGGUCCAGAGGACGGAGAGAUCCACCCGGAGAUCUGUCGCCUCUUCAUCCAGCUGCAGUGCUGCCUGGAGAUGUUCAUCACAGAGAUGCUCAAGUCCAUGUGCCUGCUGGGGGUGCUGCAGCUACACCGAAAAAGUCUUGGAGGAACAGACUCGGAGCCGAAGGUGGACUUCAGGGUGGAUGAGAGCUCGGACGUUCCCAUCCUGGAGGACCGAUCCUCGUCUCCCAUCGACUUCCCUCCAGAUCAGUGGCUGGUGGGAACAGACAUUGAAAACAUAGAGAGCAGUCUGGUCCUGGGGCUGCAGCUCCUCGGCUGCAUAUCGGCCGGCCUGGCCUGCUUCUGUGACCGAUACCCCUGGAGCUCCUGGUCCGUCUGUUCCAGCACGUGCAACUACGGGACACAGCAGAGACAGAGGAUGUUUAACACCGAUGACAACUAUUACUGGAAGGCCAGCUGCUAUCAGCUGUGUCCGUCACACGAACGGAAGUCUUGUUUCACUCAACCCUGUCCAGUCAACUGCCGGCUGACGGACUACGGGCCGUGGUCCGACUGCUCGCCCUGUGCCAGGAAGCAGUUUCGGACGCGUUCGGUGCAGACGCCGUCCCAGUUCGGUGGGUCAGAAUGCAGCGUGGAACUGGCAGAGGAAAGAGGGUGUCACCCCUCCAAAGAGUGCAAGUUGGCUCCCGUCGACUGCAGAGACAACUUUAUGUGUGAUAACGGGCGCUGCAUCAACUCCACACUAGAGUGCAACAGACAGAACGACUGCGGAGAUAACUCCGACGAGAGGAACUGUGAUCAGUUCAAGAUUGUGUGUCCGGCUGAGAAGAGAGUGGCCCCCGGGGCUGACCUGGUGGGAAACGGGUUUGAUGCUCUAGCCAACGAGCCGAGGGGAGCAGUCCUGGACAACAUGUUCAUGGGAGGAAUCUGCGAUAUCAGGAGACCUCAGAGCACCGUGCUCUACCAUCGAAUCCCUCAUAACUUUGAGACCUUUAACAUCAAGGCAGGAAUAGCAGAAGACUUCAGGAACGAGCCCCACCCGGUGCGCACAGAGACCCUGGAAAUAAAACCACCGACUACUUAUCAAGAAAGCGGUACCCGGCAAGGGGGCUGGUUUUUCUUCCCCAUCUUUUACUUCUCACGUUCAUCUCAGUCAGGGCUCACUUCUAACAAGGAAGCUUUUGAAGCAUCAAAGAAAACGGACUCUAAGUUUUUCAGAGUGCAUCAGGUUCUUCCUGUGUCCACGUUCAAGGUGAGGGACUCUAGGGACCUUGUCUUGUCGCUGCCUUUCCUGCAGUUCCUCCAUGCUCUUCCUCUCGACUACAACUACGCCCUCUACAGGGAAAUCUUCCAGCGCUUUGGGACACACUACUACAGCUCAGGGACGCUGGGAGGACACUAUGAUUUGAUCUAUCAGUACAGCCGAGAUGAGGUCAAAAGUUCAGGUGUAACAGAACAGCACUUCCAAGGCUGCCUGAGCAGAGACACCACAUGGACCGUCAUUUUUUACACCGAACACAGCAGCGUAACCCGAUGCCGGGACGAUAGGAUAACUGAGAAAUAUGAAGGCUCGUACAUUAAAGCAUCAGAGAAGUCCUUCUCUAAGGUGAGAGGCGGUCGAGCCAGAGAAGCAGCAGCUCUGGCCUGGGAAAGACAGGGACCUUCUCCAAACCGAGACACCUACAAGAACUGGGCCCGCUCUGUUAUCGACAACCCAGCUGUGGUCGAAGAGCAGGUCCUGCCCAUCAUAGAUCUGGUCCGAGGAAUUCCUUGCGCUGCCACAAAGAGGAGGCACCUGAGGAAGGCCCUGCUGCAGUACCUGGAUGAAUUUGACACCUGCAAGUGUGCACCUUGUCCCAACAACGGCAGGCCAUUUCUCUCCGGCACGGAGUGCAAGUGUGUUUGCCAGACUGGCACCUUUGGCACCUACUGUGAGAAACGGGCUCCUGACUACACUUCAGAGGCCGUGGAUGGUUACUGGAGCUGCUGGGGUCCUUGGAGCCGCUGCGGGGCCUCCAUGAAGAGACGUCGGACAAGGCAGUGCAACAACCCUCAGCCCCUCUCAGGAGGCCUACCGUGCUAUGGUCCUGACAAAGACGAGGAUCCGUGUUACAUCUCCAUCUUUCAAAAACAGGACACCUGUGACAACGACGACGACUAUGUUGAAGGAUGGAAAGAUGAGCUGCCUCCUGGUGUGGAAGGAUGUCUGAGGCCAAAGAGGCCCGACAACAGCUUCCUCAGGAAAGCGAAGCAGUACUACUCCUUCGGUGAGGAGGAGGAGAUCCUGUGCUUCACUGGAUUUGAACCGGAGGGUUACCAGUUCCUCAACUGUCGUCCUGAUGGAACCUGGACUGAAACAACUGUAAAAUGCGUCAGGAAAAUAUGCCUUCCACCUGAUAUCCCUGAUGACAUGACGCUGUUCCCAAACAAAGACGUGUACAGAGUGGGCGAAUCGGUGGGUUUGGCCUGCAAUGACGCGAGUCUGGAGCUGCAGCCAGGAGGCACCUACAGAUGCACCGACGGUCUCUCCUGGGAGCCUGCGUUACCUGCUGACCUUCGCUGCGCUGCUAUAAAUACUGACCCGGUCGUUCCUGACCGUCAGUGUGAACCAGGGCAGAAGCUUCAGGGCUCGGCCUGUGUCUGUAUCCGAAGGGAGCGCUGUCUUUCACAACCAGACAGUAUCUGCGUCCUGAACACCAACGUCAGCGCCGUCGUGUCAAUGUCCCUCUGCUCCUUCCACUCUGGCCGUUGCCACGGUGAUCCGCUCUUCUUCGUCAGCGAGGGCGUGUGCGACCCAGCAGAUUCAGACAAAGUGGAGUGGGCCAAGUUCAGAGCUGCGAUGUCCUCUAAGAGCUCCGUUCAGGUGCCUUGCGAACUUGACACCUGUUACGAAUGGGAGACGUGCUCUGAGUCUAAGAAGUGCGAAUGCAAGUCUGCUCGGGACUGCACGCAACUCAAAGACCACAUGUUCUGUGUGAGGCUGACAAGAUUGCAGAGGACCCGCAGCGUGAACCUCUGCUCCAUGGCCGCGCUCAAAUGCUCCAACUAUGAGUUUGAAAUUCUCAGCGAAAGUGCCUGUGAGUCCAGAUGAUCCUGCCAAGGCUUCUCUGCCGCAUGGCACUUAACUUCUGCACUCGUGUAGAAGGGCUGUGUUUCACCCUGUUGAAAUGACAGAACCACUGAUUAAAAUACAUGUGAUUCACCAUCAUAUAGCCGUGUUUGAACUGCGUCGCGCGUGAGAACCACGUUUUGAAACAACUUAGACUUUAGCACAUGUUGCAAGGAAUCUUAUGCUAAAAUGCUGCACUAUAGCAGAUUUAGAUCAGCAUUUUCAUCAGAAGAACACAGAUGGCAUCAGCUUGGUCUGAAAUGGUCAUUUCAGUUACAUAGGAAUGGAUAAUAAAGAGUGAUGUAAAAAAAAAACACUGUUCAGUGAGUUGAGCGAAGGUGAAGCGUGAAUGUGAUUCAGGAUCUAUGGGUUAUGAUAAAAAGAUGUUCAGGCUACUUGGUGAAGUGUUGACUGGAUGGAUGCUCUCACGGCACAUCCAAAAGCACACCUCCUAAGGCAGGUGACAUCUACUGGUUGCUGUUAGCUGUCUGGCGAUACAUUUGGUGAUGAUUUUGAGUUAGCUGUUACUUUCCUGCCUGUGAAAACAGCCUUUUUAAACACAAACACGGUUUGGUUUAAUAAUCAAUUAAAAAAAAAUAGAAGCACAGUUUAAGUGGCAAAUGUGAAGCAGCACGUAGCUAUCAAUUAGCAAUAUUUCAUUUUAUUUCACUUUGAGUUCCCUCGUAGAUGACAUUCCAACAUUGCGCCAAGUUGUAGGUUGGCUUGCAUUUCCUCUUACUUGUGGCAGAUCGUCUACUAUACCAUACAAAAACAUUUUAAAAUUUAAAUCGUGACACAUUAAAACAAACCUAAUUCCAAGAUGGAUGAUGUUUUUUAGCCAUAUGCAUAAAAAAAUGGCUGAAUACCAUAAUAUAUCCAUGACUGGAGACCAAACCUACUGCAUCUGCUGCAGCCGUUGUCUUGCAUUCAUUUUUGCAUUCUCAUAAAUACUAGAAGGCCGUACUUUAAAGAAUGUGCGGGUGUCAUGAAUAAACUUGUGUUAAACGUGUUUUAUUCAACACGACUCAAGACCCUAAGAGCCCACACACAUGCUUAAAGCUUUCCAUGUUUGUCUAAGCACAAUUGUGAUUUAAACCAAAUGGAAAGAGGAGUAGCUAACAUGCUCUCAUAAUGCUGACGUGUGACAAAGUUUAAUAUGUUUGCUGUUUUAGUCUAGUACAUUAGUGCAGCAAAACAUAAAUAAAUGAAAAGUCUAAAUUUUUGGAUCAGCAGGAGGCUUUUAGGGAGCUAGUAGGACAUCCUGGAAUAAUGUGACUCAUAUCUAAAGAUAAAAAUGGUAACCUCGUCUUUUUAUUUUCACCACACCUCUUGCUCACCUAUUACAAGUAUUAGACUCCAAGAAAUUCCAAAGUAUUGUCAGUUCAAAAAACUAAUGAGAUUCUCUGCGAUGUCCCAAUAAAGGAAAAACAAGAUGACAACAAGCUAAAGGAAACAAAUAAUAAAAUACAUAAAUAAAAAGGGACUAAAACACAUGGGGGCUCCUCUGUUGAAAGUAUUGAUGUAUAAAAUAACCAGUAGUGUGGCAUCCUCAAACGUUUUGAUAAAAGUGGUCCGUUUUUCCCAUUUCUUGGAAAAUGUCACUCCUCUCGAUUCUCUCCAUUGUACACAUUUCCUUCAAUAUGUCCAUCCAUUGAAUAAGGUUUAGAGGUUCAGUUUUAUACCAGCACUUUGUUAUAACUUUUGUUUUUUUUGUUUUGUUUUUACAAGCAAUCACCAGUAUUUUACAUAGAUGCCAGUCAGUUUUUUAAUAACCACAUUCUUGUUUAACAGACAAAAAUAAAGGAUCACCGCAUUGUUAGGAAUUUGCAUCCCAGAAGUCAUAUACACACCACCCCGAAAAUAAGGGAGUGAUCUGCGUUCAUGUUUCCGCACUGCCUCCAGCAUGGUUCUUACGAGAGAAUUUACUUUUUACAAGAGGUGUAAUGAAAAAACAAAUCAAAUCUUUCCAACCAAAUAUUCUCCACUUCAUUGAACUUGUAGAUGAAUGUUGUGCACUCCAUGUGGAACGCCAAUCCUCCUCUGAAAUUCAUAUGUUAAGUUCUUUCUCCCAUUGUGCUUGAAUUUUCCCAUUCUCUUUGUGGAGACCCUGAUAGAUUGUAGAAAUGAUCUUUCUGUUCUUCUUUUUAUAGGCUUCAGUCAGAACAUCUAUCACAAUAUAGCCCUCUCCAGCAUAUCUUUGCACAUAUUGGAAGAAGUCUGUGUUUUGUAGUCCAAAUCCCUUUUGUAACUCUCUGAACUUUUAAAGAGUCCUCCGUGGGUUAGUGCGCAUACAGCUGUGGUGCCUCUCUGUCCCACCAUCGUCUGAAAGCAGGGUCAUUGAUUCCUGGUUCGAAUCUGGCUUCCAGAGCAGGCAAACAAAUGAAUAAUGUGAUGUCUCCCUCUAUGUUGUAUUCUUUUAUCGUCUCACUCCAGAUAGCCCGUGUUUAUGUAAUAAUUUCAUUUUUGCUUUGUCGGGCCAAUUUAUUCCCUGUGUGUCCUAGCGUUGCCUGAAUCUGGAAGGUUUCCAUCUUGGCCUCUAUGUCUUUCCAUCUUCCCUGAUAUAAAAAGCAGCAUGUACAAACCAGGAACUUUACUUGGGCUGUGUAAAACUAUUGUUUCAGAUUAGGCAAGAACAACCCUCCCUCUCCUUUUGGUAGCUGAAGUGUCCUAUACCUGACCCUUGUUUUUUUUCCAAUACAGAUAAAUCUAGAUAGACGUUU